GUCGCGGCAGCUACGGAAGAGGUGGCCGAGCCAAGGGCCAGGCCGAGGCGAGCGCGGCCCCCGGCGCCCCCGAUGAAGAUUCUGAAGCUGAAAAAGUUAAGUGACUCAGCAAAGUCACACAGCUAGUGAGUGCCUGAGAGGGGUUCAAACACAUAUCGUGCGGACCUUAGUUCAGAACUUGAUCCACUACACCAGCCUGCCUCGGGCUUUCAUGGAGAACUGUUAUUGGAGAUGGAUCCAUUUGGUCAGAUGUAGUAUUAAAGAAUGAAGAAAGAAAAAAUUCCUAAUUAGUGCUACAAAAAUUACAAGUAAUUUCCACCUCAGCAAAUUUGCUAUUGAGCUGGUGGAGGACGACUGUUUCUUCUCAUACACCCAAAUUGGAAGGAUUAUGCUGGGCUACCUUCAGCUAACCAGGAUCACCAUCCCUUGUUGACUAGUAGUCAUAAAAUUAUACAAUGGGUCUACGGAUUCACUUUGUUGUUGACCCACAUGGUUGGUGCUGCAUGGGUUUGAUUGUCUUUGUCUGGUUAUACAAUAUUGUCAUAAUUCCCAAAAUUGUCCUCUUUCCUCACUAUGAAGAAGGACAUAUCCCAGGCAUAUUAAUAAUAUUCUUCUAUGGUAUUGCCAUGUUUUGUUUGGUGGCCUUAGUGAGAGCCUCAAUAACUGAUCCAGGAAGACUCCCUGAAAAUCCAAAGAUUCCACAUGGAGAAAGGGAAUUUUGGGAAUUAUGUAAUAAAUGUAAUUUGAUGAGACCAAAGCGUUCCCAUCACUGCAGCCGAUGUGGUCACUGUGUUAGGAGAAUGGAUCAUCAUUGUCCAUGGAUUAAUAAUUGUGUUGGUGAAGAUAAUCAUUGGCUUUUUCUGCAACUAUGUUUCUACACAGAGGUUCUUACUUGCUACGCAUUGAUGUUUUCUUUCUGCCACUAUUACUACUUUCUACCAUUAAAAAAGCGUAACUUGGAUCUCUUUUUAGUUAGACAUGAAUUGGCCAUAAUGAGACUAGCAGCUUUCAUGGGAAUAACUAUGUUAGUUGGAAUAACUGGCCUCUUUUAUACACAACUCAUUGGCAUCAUCACCGAUACAACAUCUAUUGAAAAGAUGUCAAAUUGUUGUGAAGAAAUAUCGAGGCCCCGAAAGCCAUGGCAGCAGACCUUCUCAGAAGUUUUUGGCACUCGUUGGAAGAUCCUGUGGUUCAUUCCUUUCAGGCAGAGGCAACCACUGAGAGUUCCCUACCACUUUGCCAAUCACGUCUAAACAGAUGGAUGGUGGGCACAGAUGGGUCCUCCAUGCUGGAAAUGCGUUACAGGUUUUAUGAUAAUAGAACUAUGACAGUCUUCAAGUCAAUUAAAAUCCACCCACCAAUCUUAGGCAUCAUAAUGUGCCCCAGGCUUUAUUUUAAUAGUGAUCUUGAUCCUGUUGUGGGACUGAUACAAGAUCUAUAUUUAAGUUUUAAAGCGUGUUUACUUUCAAAUUAGCUUUCCAUGGGGAUUUCUUUAAACUCAUUUGUUGUUAAACUCAAAAGGUAAUGACUGAGAUGAACUAAUUGUACACAGUUUUUUUUUUUUUAGUAUAAGCUAUUAGUAACUUUAUUUUGUGCAAAAUCACAGAUGUUUACUUAAAUUCUUCAUUUUCAAACGGUAUGACCAGAUCUGAACUUCUUCAGGGUUAUUUUCUUUUUAAACAGACCUUCUAUGCAGAUUUUCUUUUCUGAUGUAAUUGUAAAUCUUUAAAGCCUCCUUUUUCUUUAUACUGCAUGAUAUUAACCAUACAGCAGAGCCCUGAAAACAGGCAGUGUAUUUUAUAAGAAGCAAAUUUCUUGCUAAUGGUCUGCUCCAUAUUUUUCCUACUUCUUUCCCCAAAAAAAGUCUUUUAAAGGAAAGACUUAAAAUUCUCAUCUCUUAAGCAUAACGUUUCAAGAAAAGAAAAAAAAUAACCUGCACAUUUUUACCACUGAGAUUAUCACUCUUAUGUUGAUAAAAGAUGUUUAGGGCAAAGACCCAAAGGAAAUAUGUGACUAAUUUCCUGUUUUCCACUGAGAUUUGUUUUGUUUAUUUGUUUCUAAUAAUUUACAAUAAUUUCAUUUCUGCCUUUUAUCACAUUAGGAUUCAUACAUUUGAAAAGUUCAUUUAAUUUUAAUAUAUAAUAUAUAGUAUAUAGAGGAAUAUAUGUGUGCAAAAAUAGACUAACUUUUAUCUUGUAAUAGAACUAGAAUUGCUUUUUGAGUGUUUAUAUUUAAGAAUACUGAUCAGUGGAAUAUUUUAAGGUAUUCUUUUAUAUACUUACUGUUGUGGCAGAUAAGUAAUGAAUUUCUGACUGUCACUAAACAAAAUUGAAAUUUAGUUUUUAUUGGCUAAUUGAAUUAGGGCUUAAAUAUUAUUUUGUUGUUAUUGGGGUCCCUUUUUAUUGGCAAUGGCUACUGUUAUGAGAUGGCCUUAAAUCGUUAGGGAAAUUUAAUUGUUUUCAACUUAUAUUAGCCUUUUUGAUUUUACCAAACUAAAAUAUGAUCAUAAUAAUGGUAUAUUUGGAAGACAGAGAAUACAUGGGUAAAUAGGCAGCAUGUUUUGAGGAGUUCGUCUAUUUUAUUACACCAGUCAGAACUUUUAAAAAAUAACAUUUUGCUUAAGGAGUAAAUUGGAGGUUUUUGGCAUUUUUCAUCUGUCUACCUUCUAAUAUGUUAAUUUUUUGUUUUGUCUUAUCUUAAUGUUCAGGUAAUCACAUCUGGGAAAUAAUGAAACAGAAAUUUGGCAUACCUGGAAAUUUUAUUGUAGACAUUGUUUUGAGAUAUUGUAUAUAACCUUUAAAAAUAUUCUGUAGUAAUAGAGUAAGAGCCCAAGAAAUAUUGGCACCAUGUUUUCAUGGUCUGAAUAUAGUGUUUUAAAAAAACUUAAAUAUUUAAUAGCAGCAAGUGAAGGUAUUUAUUGGUGCUGACAGGGUACAUAGUUUAAUAUAAAAAAAAACCUUGUUGCUCCUGGCAGAGUGCUAGGAUAU